CCUGCCCCGAGCCCGCCCAGCGCCGCCGCAUCCGCGCCCGGGGCUCGGCGAUCCGCCGGCUCCAUCCCGCCGAAAUCCCGGCAGGAACAUCCCCGCCCCGCGCCUGCCAGCAUGAUAAAGGGCUGUCAGAAUGAGUGCACAGGCGGAGGAUGUUCAGAAGAAACAGCAAAGCAUGUGACUGACUCUUUCAAGGCUUCCGACUUGAUUAUCACGCCAGCUACAACUUUCAAGGAAAAACCAGACCCCAGUGGUUUGGUAUUUGGAACUGUGUUCACGGAUAAUAUGCUGACAAUUGAAUGGUCCUUGGCUUCAGGAUGGGAGAAACCCUAUAUUAAGCCACUGGAGAACCUUUCAUUGCAUCCAGCCUCCUCGUCCCUACAUUAUGCUGUAGAAUUGUUUGAAGGAAUGAAGGCUUACCGAGGAGUGGAUGACAAAAUCCGCCUGUUCCGGCCAACUCUCAACAUGGACAGGAUGGCGCGGUCAGCAAGGAGAACAACUCUGCCAUCUUUUGACCAGAAAGAGCUGUUAGAGUGCAUCCUGAAGCUUGUGGAAGUGGAAAAGGAGUGGGUCCCAUACUCAACCGCUGCCAGCCUGUACAUCCGUCCUACCUUAAUUGGAACUGAGCCUUCCCUUGGAGUGAAGAAGCCGACUAAAGCCCUCCUGUAUGUCAUACUGAGCCCUGUAGGCCCUUACUUUGCAAGUGGAAGCUUUAAUCCAAUAUCCUUAUGGGCAGAUCCAAAAUACGUAAGAGCCUGGAAAGGAGGAACAGGGGACUGCAAAGUGGGAGGGAAUUAUGGUUCUGCUAUUUAUGCCCAGCAAGAAGCCCUGGAGUUUGGCUGCCAGCAGGUUUUGUGGCUCUAUGGAGAAGAUCACCAAAUAACUGAAGUUGGAACAAUGAAUCUGUUUCUCUACUGGAUCAAUGAAGAUGGAGAAAAUGAACUGGCAACCCCACCUUUAGAUGGCAUCAUCCUUCCAGGAGUGACAAGGCAAAGCAUUUUGGAUCUGGCACGCAACUGGGGAGAAUUCAAAGUGUCUGAGCGAUACAUCACCAUGAGUGAUCUGACAGCUGCCUUGGAAGAGGACAGAGUAAAGGAGAUGUUUGGUGCUGGAACAGCUUGCGUUGUAUGUCCUAUCUCUAAAAUUUUAUAUAAGGGCAAGCAUUUGCAUAUUCCAACUAUGGAGAAUGGGCCUGAGUUAACAACUCGUUUCCUGAAUAAACUGAGUGAUAUCCAGUAUGGAAGAGAAGACAGCGAUUGGGCGGUGCUGGUGUCAUGAAGGUGGACGAGUUCAGACCCUCCAGACAGAACAGACACAAAUAAUGACAACUUCUGUAGCUGCCAGUGCGUAGCAUAGUUUAGGUAUCAAUUUGCUCCCCAGGAUGAUUGUUUCCACAAUCCGGCAAAUGUGAACACAAUCAUUUUGAUUUCUACUGUAAUGUCGUUGGUAGAAGCCUGUCUUCUUGGUAGAGGUGCUAAAUGUUAGCAAUAGAACUUUCCUAAUGGUUUUCUUAGUGCCUCCUUACGUACAGUCUGAAAACUUGUAAAAUGCUCUUCAACUGCUCUUCAGUUUGGUUUGUUUAGCUGCCAUCACCAGCAGAACACGUCGUGUGACACGAGGACAUUGCCUGUUUGCUGCUCACAGGGUUCUGUUGGCAUUAUCCUGCCUUUUGCUCCGUGUUUGGGAAACAAAUACAUUUAGCCAUACGCUCUUUCCUUUCAUACUCUGCUUGUAUGGGAGAUUCCCGAGUUUGCAUAGCCCUCUAGAUCCCCUCAUGCAUACUCUGUCAAAUAACUCUGUCCUUUGGGCCAAAGCUGUAACUCAGUCUAGCCUGCAAUAUGGUCCCUGCUGGCCUAUUGCCUUUCCCUCCGAGGGGAUACGCAGUGGCUGCUUGGACAGUGCAUACCUCUCUAGUAGUUGAAUACAUUCCUCCAGACAUGAUUUGAAGGGCUUGGUCAGGCCCUGCUGAGACAAAAAUUCCCCUUUGUUAGGGCUAGUACGGAGCUGGGAGUUGCGGACACAGUGUUGCCUUCCAGCCGAAUGUCUAGAAAAUAAGAUUAGGCAACUGUGGCUGUGAAAAUUCAACCACUCUUCACAGCCAUCUAAACUUUGGAUUAAGGAAUUUCUUUCAUCAUCCAGUCACGUAAUUUAGAUCAGCAAAAUGUUUUUCUUGUCCCCUUCACUGCUCACUGUGAAAUGUAUCCAGCCUCCGUUGACAUAUGUGUACUGUGGAAGGGCUUUCCUAUUAAGGAACAAGCAGUGUUGUCAACAAGAAAAUGUCUAGCACAAGAGGGAAAGAGCUUUCAUUCAAAACCCUGGUGUCGGUCUGGUUAAGCACAUAAUUCUCCAUUUAAUGUUACUCUCUCACAUGCAGUCUUGAUACUUUGGAAGCAAUACAGAGCAUGUAGCCCCUAGUUAGGGAGAUAACUUCUGCAAAUGUUCACUAACAAUCAUUCUGUAAUAUUUAUUAGCUAUCUCCUUUUGCACACAGCUUUGCUGAACAGCUUUAAGAUCUCUCUUGCCAAAAAGGAUCACCAUGUUCUGUAUCAAUGUUCCAAAGUGCUACUUCAGUGUAAAACUGGUGGAACUUUAUUGACACUUUAUUGGAGUCCUAUAAGAAGCAAAAGUGUAACAUUUCUUGUCCUAGUUUGCAGCAGAGAUGCACCAGUAUUAAGGGAAACAUUUAGCACUUUAUUUUUUUAAGACUCAACAGUAUCUCUCCCAUGCUAUGUAAGUCCGUUGUAGUUACUGGUAUUUGUUAAUAUAGUUUAAAAGGCAAAAUAUAAUUUAAAAUAGACCAUCCAUGCCUUAUGCAACUGUUAAAGAAUAGCCUUAUGGCUUUCCUGUUCAUUUUUUGUCAGAUUUCAAAGACAACCCUUACUUAGCCAUUUCUUUCUUUUGUUCCCUCAAGUUGGGACUUCUCCUAUCUAUCACUGCAAUCCAAUCUGAUCUUUUAAUGAAGAACAGUUGAAGGUUCUCUCUGACAAUGUAAUCAUUGUUAAAAUUUGUUGAAUAGUUUUUUCUUUAGACUACAACUGCAAGCACAAAAUGUUGUUUCACUUACAGUAGCAAUAGUAUUGUGUGACUGCUUUUCUGACCAUCUGAAUCUGUACCGUGUGCUGGUCUUCGUUCAGUAUCUUACUGUGAAUUACAAGCUGCUGGUAGUCUUUCCUUUUAUUUAGUUACAUGGCUGGAAAAAUUACAUGGGGAAUAUGUCAAGAUGCAACAUGGGGCAGGAAGUUUUAUCUGAUGAAACCAGUAUCGUAACUAAAGAGUGCCUUUACCUAGAGCAUGGCAUGGAGCUCUCUGCAAGAUUAUGUAAUGACCAACCACAUGUGGCUUCCUCUUAACUGAACUAUCUAAUCUGUCCCUUAUGUUCAUCUUAGAUUUAGCAGCAAAAGGUAAAGUCAAAAUAUCUCUUUUUCAGGUGCAUGGCAAAGUGGUUGUACAAUACCUUAACAUCUCAGGGUGAUGUUAGGAUUGACAGUUACCGGAUAUCAAAAAUCCCCAUGAAGUCCUCAGUAUACCAGCAGUAAUCUAUUCAGUAGGCAAAAUGAAUAAGGACCAGUUAGAAGAAUUAUUUUACUGCAGUGUAAACCUGAAAGUUGUAUAAACCUCUUAAAUUCUUUGCAAGUAAUUUAAUGUGAAGAAACCAGAUGGUUUCAUUUGCUGUGGUUUGCACUGUUUCCUGCACUGACCAGGGAGACACCUUUCCUUUCACUGCACAUUUUGAGCUGAUGGAGACUUCAAAGUUAUGAGAAUUGAAACUGGAAUGACCCACAGAAAUGCAUGGUCUUUUCUUGCAGGGAAGAAUGAAAACAUGUAGUGUGUGUAUGUUAACUGUUGUCUUGAAGAUCUUGGUUAAUUGCUUUACUCUGGCUGUGUCAACUCAAAGUUGUGCUUGUUUCCAAAGGGCAUCCAGGGGAAUAGGUUCUAGAUUUUAAAAUGUAAAACCUAAAUAAGGGAGCUGACAGCUCAGUAUAGUACAGGAAAUUCUUCUGGUCUUGCAUGCUGUCCUACUUUGAAUUCCACCACUGCUUUUUUAUCCCAUCAACCAAAGGAAAGAAAUAAUAUAUGUAAGUGAUAGAGAGUAUUUGGUAUUGCAUUCUCCCUGUUUUUGCUUGUAAAAUUUAGGAGGGAACUGUGGUAUUUCCUGAGCUAAUAAUAGAUUGUAAAAGAACAUCUGCACAUCUUUUCUCCAUGUGCCCUAUUUGUUUAAUUGCAACAGAUUUACAUAGAAAGAGUAUGGUACAUCAUAACUAGGCAAUUAUCCAUUCUUCAUCACUUAGUUAUGGUUCUGGUAAUUGAUCAUUUAAGACAUAAGAUAGUCUAACAUUAGGAGAAUUUGAGACUGUUCAAAAAAGAUCAACAAAUUAAUAUUGUUGUGUGAUAUUUGCAUAAUUGGCUGCAAUUAUUUAAUGUUUAAUUGGGUUGAUCAAAUGAGAUUCAGCCUCUCACAUGCUUAUGUUUUACAAACACUGGUACUUUAGAAGGAUAAUAAUGAAUUCUAAUUUUCAUGUGUUCUUUCUUCUCCCCUUCAUUCUUUUGAUUAUUAUUUUCAGUAUUGAGCAUGUCCUUAAUUUUCAGUUUGGUGAGCAUGAUUCAUGCAUAAGAAAGAAGUCCGUCAAAUAAGAGAAUUUUCAGGAAACUGGCAUUUCAUACAAGCUGUUCUGGUGCCAAGAGUUAUGGCUUCAGCAACUGGCAUUACUUAACUAGAUUCUUAACUGCAAUGAGGACAAAUUCCCUGAGAAUUUACAGUGAUAGAUGCAGGUGAGAAUGCUAAUAAAGGUUCCUGGACUAGAUAACCUGUUCAGUCCAUAGCAGUGCAAAGCAAACAUGUUUUUUCUGGGAUAUAGAAGGGAAGUCUGGUAAGACAAAAGCAAGGUAGUGAGAUAUUCUCUGCUCAGACAUUGUUUACACCUGUUCAACUAUCUCAAGCCAAAAAGCAGUUGUCCUCCACUCCUCCUCUUUCUACAUAAACUCUUUGGGUUUGCCAAAUUCAACAUAGAGAUAUCACAGAUCCCCUCCUGUACACUUAUUUUAUACUUAUUUAUCAUCACGCAUGAAGACUGGUAAUUUGGAAAAAUGUGAUUUUUUAAAUUAAUUUGGAAUUCAAGUUAUUUUAAAUGUCUGUAUAAUACAUGGCAUUCCAAGGAGGUAGACAGAAGAACAGCUGGGACUGAUUUUAUAGCUGCCUAAUUAGAGGAGGAACCCUCUUAAAUUCAAUAGCCUCUCCAGAACAAUCUACAUAAUCUCAACAGAUUUCAUAGUGUGAACUGUCUGUUGAUAGUGCCUUGCUAUGGAAUAGAAUAUAGAGGUGGUAGCACAGCCUGCCAGGC